CAGCCGCCGGGCUAGCAGGGCCGGGGCGCACAGCGCGCCUCCCCACCCUGGGCCCGCCGCAAGCCCUUCCUUCCUCUGUGCCAGGCACCAGCUGCGCCCCUCCGCGGCGCGGGCACUCGCAGACCCGCCUCGAGGCUGUUGACAGGUGCCUUCAGUCCUUCCUCCUUCCAGACCCCCAAAGGAAAAGAAAGCGAACAGCCAACCUCUCGCCCUCAUUAUGCACACGUUUGGAGAACGGUUGGUGGCGAACAACCCGCAGAAUCACUUCCAUCUCGUCGUCCCUGGACGGGAGGAGACAGUCCCAGUGACCGAGGCCGGAGCUAAGCCUUCUUGAGAGCGUUCCUCCACUUCUGCCGAUCACUUCUGCCUUCAAGGGGGGCUCGCGACCAGGUUGAAGUGCUGGUGAUGGGUGCCAGGGAGACAGAGCGAUGCCCAGACGGCCUGGGCCGCCGGAGACAGGUAACUGUCCUGCUGCCUUUCCAGGCGUCUAGGCCAGUCCUUGGCCAGAGGAUCUGGGGCUGAAAGGCUCGCGAACUCUGGAGGGGGUAGCCAGGGACAGGGGACCAAGAGGAUCUGCCCGCUCAGGCCCCCUCCCUCCCUGCGGCGGCGAGGUGGGAAGGGCCAGGAUCGGAGUUUAGCACCUCCUCCAGAAAUGCAGCACUCCGGCCCCCACCCCGCCCUCCACACCCCUCCUUCACGCGCUCCCUCCUGCUCCCUUCCGUGGGCGCCCUUCUCCUGUCCGCAUCUCGGUUCUCCGGAGUCCCUUGGUGCCCCCUUUCUCUUCUCCUUGCCCUCUCCUCACUCCUCUUACCUCCUGGAGUUUCUCCCUCUCCAGCCCCUCCGCCCCCGCCAGAUUCUGAGGGGCGGGAGCGCUUUGGGCUGCGCGCGGUUGGGGGCGCCGCGCCAGCUUCGCGUAGAUGCUCUGACGCCGCCGCCGCCGCCACCGCCGCCCUCCGCAGCCCAGCCCGCGCCCCGCUGCAGCUCCGCAGUGCACUCGCCACCGCCGCUCCGCCAGCCCCGCUGCCCGCCCUCCGGGUCGGCCUUGAGCGAGCCUCAGACGCCAGCCGAGGGGGUCAUGAGCCAGAGCGCCCCGGGGCGCCGCGGGGAAAGCGAGCGAAGAUAGCGGUCUCGCGCCCCCGUGGCCCUCACCGCCUUGCCGUGCGUCCCCCGCGUCCCCAGACCCUUCCGUCCUUUUCUCGGGCCCCGCUGCCGCCAUGGCCACCCUGCUCCGCAGCAAGCUGUCCAACGUGGCCACGUCCGUAUCCAACAAGUCCCAGGCCAAGGUGAGCGGCAUGUUCGCCAGGAUGGGUUUUCAGGCGGCCACCGACGAGGAGGCGGUGGGCUUCGCGCACUGCGACGACCUCGACUUUGAGCACCGUCAGGGCCUGCAGAUGGACAUCCUGAAAACCGAGGGCGAGCCCUGCGGGGACGAGGGCGCUGAACCGCCCGUCGAGGGAGACAUCCAUUACCAGCGAGGCGGCGGCGCGCCCCUGCCGCCCUCGGGCUCCAAGGACCAGUCCCUGGGAGCUGGUGGCGAGUUCGGGGGCCACGACAAGCCCAAGAUCACGGCGUGGGAGGCGGGCUGGAACGUGACCAACGCUAUCCAGGGCAUGUUCGUGCUGGGCCUGCCCUACGCCAUCCUGCACGGCGGCUACCUGGGAUUGUUCCUCAUCAUCUUCGCCGCCGUGGUGUGCUGCUACACUGGCAAGAUCCUCAUCGCAUGCCUGUACGAGGAGAACGAGGACGGCGAGGUGGUACGCGUGCGGGACUCGUAUGUGGCCAUCGCCAACGCUUGCUGCGCUCCGCGCUUCCCCACGCUGGGCGGCCGCGUAGUGAACGUGGCGCAGAUCAUCGAGCUGGUGAUGACUUGCAUCCUGUACGUGGUGGUGAGCGGCAACCUCAUGUACAACAGCUUCCCAGGGCUGCCCGUGUCGCAGAAGUCCUGGUCCAUCAUCGCCACGGCGGCGCUGCUGCCCUGCGCCUUCCUUAAGAACCUCAAGGCCGUGUCCAGGUUCAGCCUGCUGUGCACUUUGGCCCACUUCGUCAUCAACAUUCUGGUCAUUGCCUACUGCUUAUCGAGGGCGCGCGAUUGGGCCUGGGAGAAGGUCAAGUUCUAUAUCGACGUCAAGAAGUUUCCCAUCUCCAUUGGCAUCAUCGUGUUCAGCUACACGUCGCAGAUCUUCCUGCCUUCGCUGGAGGGCAACAUGCAGCAGCCCAGCGAGUUCCACUGCAUGAUGAACUGGACGCACAUCGCCGCCUGCGUGCUCAAAGGCCUCUUCGCGCUCGUCGCCUACCUCACCUGGGCCGAUGAGACCAAGGAGGUCAUCACGGAUAACCUGCCCGGUUCCAUCCGCGCCGUGGUCAACAUCUUCCUGGUGGCCAAGGCCCUGUUGUCCUACCCAUUGCCCUUCUUCGCUGCUGUCGAGGUGCUGGAGAAGUCGCUCUUCCAGGAAGGCAGCCGCGCCUUCUUUCCCGCCUGCUACGGCGGCGACGGGCGCCUCAAGUCGUGGGGCCUGACGCUGCGCUGCGCGCUGGUCGUCUUCACGCUGCUCAUGGCCAUCUACGUGCCGCACUUCGCGUUGCUUAUGGGCCUCACCGGCAGCCUCACGGGCGCCGGCCUCUGCUUCCUGCUGCCCAGCCUCUUCCACCUGCGCCUGCUCUGGCGCAAGCUGCUGUGGCACCAGGUCUUCUUCGACGUCGCCAUCUUCGUCAUCGGCGGCAUCUGCAGCGUGUCCGGCUUCGUGCACUCGCUGGAGGGCCUCAUUGAGGCCUACCGAACCAACGCGGAGGACUAGGGCGCUAGGGCCAGCCCCGGCCACCCUCCCGCGCUCUCCCCGCUGCCCACCCACCCCUCCCCCAACAAACCCGUGCGCCCUGCAGCCGCGCUUGGGAAGCCAAGCUUUAAACAUCUCUGGCUCCCCGUUUCUGAUUUUGGGGGUUGGGGGCGGGAGGGGAUAGGGAUCCACAAUCCAUUGCGUCUGCGUUUCUGUUGUCCUUUCUUUUCCACAACACCCUGGUUUCGGGGGAGGCGGCGGCGCAUCUGUGGGCAGGGUUUUCUGUCCUUCCAGGAGGGGCCCCGACACUUUGGUCCCUGUCACCGAGGGGGGGGGAAGGGAGGGAGAGGGGGCGCAACUCGCAGGCGCAGAAACUUGACCUUGUGGGCACAUUUCACAGCCAUCAGUGCUUGGAAUCUGCAGAGUCUAGCCAUUUCCAGCAAGAACGAUUCCCAUUCCGGAGACAUUUCAACCCUUCAGCGGGAAAGGCUGGCCGGGAAAUCCGUUUCGGGUGGGCGAUUUCCUUCGCCGAAGCGGGGAAGCGAGAAGCCCCGGCGGGGCCGGCUUGCUUGCCGGUUUUCAGGAAUCCAGACUCAUCUUGUGCAAUUUAUCAGGUUGUGGAGCUGCUCUACUGUGCGUGUGGUGUGCUCGUGGUGAAUAAGAUGAAAUGUGUAUCAGAAAAAAAUCUUUCUCUAAUUUAGAGUGCGGUGCAUAAUUAUAUCCGCAAAUAAAGAAGAAACAAAGGCA